AAAAAACAAGAGGCUCGGCUCAGCCCUUCAUUCCGGAGCGGCGGCGGCGGCGGCGGCAGCAGCUCCGGCGGGGAGGGGGCGGCGGAGGGAAGGGAGCCCCGGCUCAGCGGGGGAUUGAUGGCUCCCGAGCUCGGCUGCGUCCCACCGCCCCAGCCCCGCUGCUGAGCAGGAGUUGCCGGCAAGAUCGCCCGGAGGAGGAACCCGCCGGCGGAGAGAUGUCUUCUAGAAACAUGGCUGGCCAACACAUUCUUCCUCAAGCUUUGUAUCAGAGCAAUAUGCUGAAAGCCAUGAAGAUUAGAGAGAGGACACCUGAAGAUCUGGUCAAACCCCCCAGUGGAAUAAUUCACCACUUCAGGACUAUGCACAGAUACACCAUAGAAAUGUUCAGAAUGUGCCAGUUUUGCCCUCAGUUUCGGGAAACACUUCAGAAGGCCCUGACUGACCAGGCCACCCAGACUUCGCUGGAGCGCCAGAGGAAGCUCAACUGGUGCAUGGAAGUUCGGAGACUUGUCCCUUUGAAGACUAAUGGUGAUGGAAAUUGCCUCAUGCAUGCUGCAUCUCAGUACAUGUGGGGUAUUGAAGAUAUCGACCUUGUCUUAAGAAAAACAUUGUUUAGCGCACUCAGGGAGAUAGACACACGGAACUUCAAGCUCCGUUGGCAGCGGGAGGCUAUUAAAUCCCAGGAGUUUGUAGAAACGGGACUCCACUAUGACACCCGGAACUGGGAGGAGGAGUGGGAAUACCUCAUUGAAAUGACCUCCCCAGAAACAUCCGGGGCUCGAAACAGGCUUCCAUAUAAUGCACUGGAAGAAAUCCACAUCUUCAUCCUUGCUAACAUCCUCAGAAGGCCAGUCAUUGUCCUUGCAGAUAAAGUGGUGAGAAGUUUAGAGUCAGGCUCCAGUUUUGCUCCUCUGAACGUCGGUGGUAUUUACUUGCCUCUUCUUUGGCCAGCAGAAGAAUGCUACAGAUACCCAAUUGUGCUCGGCUAUGACAACAUGCAUUUUACACCACUAGUGACUCUGAAGGACAGCGGGCCAGAAAUCCGGGCUGUCCCUUUGGUCACCAGUGAGCGAGGCAGAUUUGAGGAUUUGAGUGUGCACUUUCUCACAGAUGCAGAAGAGAGGGAGAAAGAGCAGCUUCUAAAAGACUACUUGAUCGUCAUAGAAAUUCCAGUGCAAGGUUGGGAUCAUGGUACAACUCAUCUAAUUAAUGCUGCGAAGUUAGAUGAAGGCAACCUACCCAAAGAAAUAAACCUCGUGGAAGAUUACUUUCAGUUGGUACAGCAUGAGUACAAGAAGUGGCAGGAGAAUGCUGAGCCUGCUAGAAGAGAGACCUGCUCCAGGAACAGACAGGAACGGUCUUUUUCCCAGCUCUCCCUCUUACAGGUGAAAUGUGAAACGCCGAAUUGCCCUUUCUACAUGUCUGUGAACACCCAGCCCUACUGCCAUGAGUGUUUUGAGCACAGGUCCCAAGGAAGCAAAGGAAGAAAGCAGACCUCUAAAGCAGCACCUGAGAAACUGAAGGCAGCUGGGUCGGGCUCCUCCCGUGGGGACGUUUGUGAACCUGGGGGAUGGACGUCCGAAGGGCCUGUAACAGGGCCUCGUUCGGCACCUCCAACUGCUCCGAGCCUUUUCCUAUACAGCGAGACCACGGCCAUGAAAUGCAGGACACCAGACUGCCCCUUUACAUUGAAUGUGCAACACAAUGGGCUUUGCGAACGCUGCUACAAUUCCAGACAGCUUGGUCCUUGCAAUAACUUGGAUGAUCGGAGACAUUUAGACUAUGCCACAUGCAAAGUGUGCCGUCAGAAGGCCAACAGGACCUUCAAUGGUAUAUGCAGCACUUGCUUCAAAAGGUCUACAGAGCGCUCCUCAAACGGCAGCCCCGCUUUCCUGCCCACAUGCCACCAGAGAUCGACAUCUGACCCGUCCCAGAUCUCGCAGAGCCUCCUCCAGCACUCCUGCCAUCAGGCUCCCAACAGCUGCGGCGAAGAGCCCCCACCGCCGGCACUGCCUCCCGAGGAGAAGAGAGGAGGUAACCUCUGCAGGAAACCUGGCUGCAAGUUUUUUGGGACAUUGCAAAAUGAGGGCUUUUGCACGCUGUGUUUCUUUGAGUACAGGGAAAACCACGACAGUGCUUUGCUACGCCACCAGAGGAGAUCUCAGAGGAAGUCCUCGGCAGUGGGGCAGCCGGGGACCUCCGCUGCCACCUUCCGUAACACCGUGUCCUGCCAGCGGCGUGACUGCGGCACCCUGGGCAGCACGAUGCUCGAGGGGUACUGCCAGAACUGCUUCAUUAAAGCCCAGAACCAGCGAUUUCAGGAAGCCAGGAGGACAGAAGAACAGCUGGUGAGACAGCCAGAAAGAACAGGACAGCACAGAGGUUCGCAGCAAGCAGCGUUGAGUAGCCAGAAGAGACAGUGUGCUGUGGCUUCGUGUAGAAACAACCUGGCCUGCAGAAGCGAUGACUUGUGCCAGGAGUGCCAGCGCCUCGGUCAGCUUCCACCGUCGGGGAGUGCCAGGGACCUGGCUGCAGAGGAGCCCCCAAAGCAACGCUGCCGAGCCCCUGCUUGUGAUCACUAUGGCAAUGCCAAGUGCAACGGCUACUGCAAUGAAUGCUACCAGUUCAAACAGAUCUAUGGGUAGCGGCGGGGAGGAGUUGGUAAAGAACAAGAAAGCAAAACCAGCUACUUCCUUCACUGAAACGGUGCUAUGUCCAAAACACUUAACAGUCCUGGGAGUGGGGAGCAGGGGGAAAUAUAAGCUGUCUGCUAGUAUUCCUGUUUAUUCCCAAGAACAGGAAUAAGCAUCUACUUCCUCUAAACACUGCAUACAAGGACUGCUGAGAAGGGCAGGUUGCCUUCUGCACAGAGCUGUUGUUCAUGACUAAGCUCCUACAAUGCUGUAUUUAAUUCUUGGACUUCCCAGGAGGAAGUGUGAAGCAUUUGAAUCCAAAGAACUUCCCGAUUCUGCCUCUCUCUCAAUACAUCACCUGCUCCCAGGUGAGGAGCCGUGGCUACUGUUGGAGGUGCAGGAGCUCUUUGCAUUGGCGUACAUCAGUCAGAGGCAAGUCUCUCCUGAGAGGGAUCCCCCAGGACAGGCUGAUGCAACUUGCAGUUGAUGUCUGAAGAAACUUGCUUUGGGUUGCCGAUGUCCUUGCUGGUGUUCUUACAGAGCUCAUCAAGGCAGGAGCUCCCACAGGCGUUCAGGGUGUUAACGGCGAGCGGUUCUGUGUUUGCAGAGCCCUCGGCAAACCGCAGCCAGAAACAAGACUGGCAGUGGUCUGCUCCUUUAACACGCUUAACCCAACUAGCAUUUAGGUCCUUUCCCAAAUCCCAAGACAGCUGGAAAGACAGGUGAUUACAGAAGCAACUUUCAUGAGCAUACGCAUGUGAUGGGAAGAUGGAAUCCUCCCUUCCUACUCAUAUGGAAGGAAUUGCCUCCAACAGACAAAAAAACCCCCAAACCCCUUUGUCUUCAGCUUCAGUUCUGAAACCAAAACAACUCUUUUCUCUUGCAUUGUAACUGUCAGAAUAUGUGUGCUGCUGUUCACACACACCCCCUGCCCCCCGCCAUUUCUGUCACAUUUCUUCCUUUUAUCCUUAAUGUGAUUCUGUUAACAUACUAACAGCUUGGAGCUCAGUAACAGAGUGCUUUAGGGUCAAGAUUUUACUCCCGGAAUUCAUGCAUCCACUUCUCAAUCUGCAAUACUUUCUUUAGUGACCUUGCCUUUACUGUUGCGCCUGGUACCUGCUUCUCUCCUUUCAAUUUCCUUUUAAGUUUUCAGCAUCUGUUUUGCUGCUAUGAUUUUGGAGGUGAUACCUCUUCUAAGUUGCUUCUCAAGUUUAGAAUCUUUUUCUAAUUAUUAAAAAACAGUUUUUAAAAAGAAAAAAAAAACCUCAUGACUUAUUUCUGUUAAAUUUUAUAUAUUUUGUGAACCUUAAUGUGAACAUAUGUUUUAUUAAAAUAUUUAUAUUAUUUGAAACAAUGCAACUUGAAAUUUGCACAGUUAGGACUUUUUUUACAUAUAUUUACUCUUGUGUUGAAAGUUACAAACUUAAAUGUAUAAUUGAAAAACAUUUUCUGAUAUAAAGAAAUAAAUUAUUGAAGGAUUGAAUUUGCUAUUUUAUAUUGAUGAGAGAGAGCGCAGCUGAGCAUGGACACCCCCUGAAGAAAGCAUUUCUGUUCAGGACCACCAUUCAGUGUGUUACCAAGUGCUCCCUGGUUCAGAUGAUGUAGCCAAGCGCUUUGAGGCGGCGAUAAUUUGCUGUAAGCCUCUGCAUACCCUCACUUUACAUCAUUGUCCUCUCGGGAAGAGCUCCCGGGGCCAUGGUGUGCAGUCAGUGUGCAUAAGGACUUAGCUCCUGUGGGUGCAGAGUAUCUUCAGUCCCCAGAACUAUGGGCAUGGGAGCAUAAGGGUGGUGCAGGACCAGGCUGCAAGGGAAGCUAAGGUAGACUGACUUGACUUUGCUUUCUUCAUUCAUCCAUCAGUUAUGCCAAGGAUUCCCAAACGACGUUGCUUGAGUGCCACUUUGGGAGGUGGUGAUGGCAGCAGGUGAUGCCCACCUCUGCCCAGCCAUGCGUGCAGCCCCAAAGGCACAGGCCAGCCCUACCACCGCCCCUCACCAGGGGCAGCAGGGAAGCCUUUUGGUCAUGGUGUCUGGGUUGCUCGAUAGCUCCUGAAAAGCAAGUUGACAGCUGCUACUUGAAAAAGUACUUGAAAGCAGUGUUUUCUUCUCAUCCCAAGCUCAGCCUAACCCAGCCCUACUGCCAAGGGAUUUCUGCACUGUAAUGGUCCCUCAGUAUGGCAUGAGUAUGCCUGAGCAGGCACUCGGGUGUUUCAGACCUCUGCCUGGACAGGCAAUACUGUACACUACCAUGACUUUUAGGUGUUGCCCGUGACCUGAAGGAAAAAAUGAGUUGGGGCUGCAAAAAUCCCUGUGCAGUCAGGAAAGAAGACCCUUCUCUAAGAGGCUGACCUCUCCAGGUCAGCUGCUGUCUAUCCUGGUUAACUCUUUAAUCCCUUCCGACUGUUGAGGAGCACACUUCAGCACAUGCUUCAGUGCUGUCCCAAUUGAAACUAUGUACAUGUUAAGUUCCUGAGCACUUCUGCCAUAGGUUAGCUGGUCCUUGGAAUUCACUCAGCUCUCUAGCCCGUGUUCCUGGAUGCCUGUCCACCUUCCUGAUGCGCGCUGCUCUCCUUACAAUUUAGCCCAGCUCCCUCUGGACUCAUGUACCCCUCCUUUCAGAGCAUACAACCUAGAAGUCAGCCUACUCCCGCCAGAGCAGAGCCUGCUGGAUCUACCAACCCCAUCUCUACAGCAUAUUCCUCUUUUUCAAGAUCUGACUCUCCAUUUAUCCGUACCCUCCUUCCCCUUUCUUUACAACUCGUGCAACUCACAUGCCCACCAGAUUCAUCGAACUUCUGCACCAGGCAGACACCUCGGUGCUGAAAGAGUGGGCAAAGACUGGGAGGGAUGUCUGCAGCUGGACACCAGGAGAUGGAGGCACCUCAUAGCAUCCAGCCUCAGCAGCCAUCAGCCCCUGCGUGCUGAAACGGCAGAGCAUCCAUCAUGACACCUUCAGUGUCAGGAGGCUGAUUAACUCCAGUUGCUGUUCACUGCAACUUCUGCAGAGAGGAAGGAUUUCAGAUGCAAUGCCUCAGAUCCCACUGAUAUUUCUCUGCUGCUUUCUGGGCCCAUUACUCAUAACCCUGAAGUCACAUGAGACUUGUCUCAUUCUGAAGCUCCCAUGUAAAUGAGUGCCUAGCCUGUCUCUUGUGAUUUACUUGUGUGGGAAUAUUAAAGCCAGUAGGGCCUUGUUUUUAAAAUACUCUGGUAUUUCCCUAAUGUCCUUCGGGGAUUUUGACCCUCUGAUGUUUUCUGCUCUUUGUCCAGACACCUCUUCAAGUUCAUGUAUUUUUUUCCUUCCUGUUCUGCAAGAGAGAACUUUUAUUUGGAGUCUCCCUUUUCAUGACACUUCUGGAAGUCUCUUGGCUAAGACACAAAUCUUCAUAGCCAAAUAUUCUUUUCUUAGCAGAAAGGCAAAACUAAUAUGAAACAAUUGGCUUAACAACUACUUGCAUUGCACUGCAAUUCCUUAUAACAUAGUGCAGGCUAUAUAAUAUAAGCUGUGCAGGCUGUGCUUACAUAUUCAUUUUGUUUGUGGAAGGGAUACUUUUAGAUGAUUAUAUGAUGAUCUGAAUAUUAUCUAUGUUUCUGGAUUUCUCAGGGUUCUAACCACUAUAUUAACAGAUAACAUGAUAUAGAAAAGAAGAAAGCACUUAGUACUUUUCAGUGUAGAGAGAAAGUAGAUUAAUGUUUUGAUACAUCAGUGCUCUGCUUGGCAAGUGUUUGGUGUACUUUGAAGUACUAGGCCACUUAACAGGUCUGGGAGCACCAAACGGCAUGUACUGUGUUAGAUCAAAACACUUACAUCAAGCUACUGACCUAAGUGUGUAUCCCAGGAGCCCCAGGAAGGACUCAGUGUGGUCAGCGGUUUGCAGGGAAAGCAAGAACAGCGAAUCCCUGCUUUUACAAUUUCAGGUGCAGGCUGUGAUAUUCUACAUUUACACAGAAGAGAAAGGCAUCAUAUUUAUGGCCUGUGAGCCACCUGCCCAUCCUUUCUUCCUGCACUUGUUCAGCCCCAUCCCCAUCCCACACAGUACUCCCCCUCACCCAGUAGAGCUGAAGAGAAGAGUUACCUGCAGAUGGAGGGGAUCCACAGUCUGCAGUGCUACUCCUUCGCUGCAGGCAGACCUCACAGGAGAGCCAUGCCUCUCCGAGGCAGUUAUCAAGAAGCGGUUAUUUAAGUAAGGAUGUCUUAUCUGAUGAGCCGUUCAUGAGUUGCUUGCCAUGCAACUUGGUGUACAGAUUCCAGCUGACCCACUGACGGCCUGGAGCAAGUAGGAGUGUAAUAAAUGGAAAUGAAAAACUUUUGUCUGAGUUAAUGUAAAUGUAGGAGUGGCAUCAUAUCUACUUUUUAUGUGCUUGAUUGAAUUACAGGUGAUAGCCAUUUUGCCAGCUGUCUUUCAUCCCAAUUUCCCUGCACAUGCUACAGACUAUCCUAAUCUAUACCACCCCAUUCCUUAGAAGUGUCUAAAGUCAGUUAAAUCAUCCAUAUCUGGCAGCUGUGACCUUUACACUAACAGUGAUAGGCAUAGGAGAAAAGGUGGUUCAGUGAUUAGGAUACACACAAAAAAAAGACUCCCAUCAUGAGACCAAAGCUCUUGGGAUAUGCUAAGGUGUCUUUCCCACCUGGGACUGGGGUACUUGACUCUAAGCUCCUUUUCUGAACAGGCACAACAGGGGCUUUUAAGCUGCUAUGUCAAGGAGGUAGUCCACCUACUGAAAAAAAUAAUCUUAACCUGCUCAUUCCUAGCUGUAUUUAGGAGGCAGUGAGUACGCAGGGAUAUCUGGUAGGGCCAGACUUGGUAGUUCAGAUGCCCAGGACAAUGCUUUUUUUGAGACUCCUGCUGAGACUUUGGCAUCAGGAAGGCCUCUGAGCACCUCUGCAGCAUGGGAAUGGGGACACAGUCUCACUGGAGAGAUCCUCAGUAUCUGGGGAUUUUACUGACAGAGGGGCUGAAGGACUUUGAGGCAGUAUUUGUGGGGGCCUGUGAAGAUUUCAGUUGCAUCUAGAUGUUCGAUAUAAGUGUUUUGGAUAUAAAUCUCCAAACAUUCAUGCUGAGCAUAACUUUGUGCGCUUGGGGCCCUGAGGCCACAGCACAUGACAUUAGCUUGUGCAUUCAAUCUGUGCAAAAUAAGUGGUUCAGCACAGUGAUAUGAUGCAUGUUUUGUUCAGGUGAGAGCCACAGGGGAGGAGCAACUGCAUAAUUUUAUCCUACAUACUUGAGUAGGACACUAUAGUGUAAUAUGUACAGCACCAAAAUAGAAAAUGACAACACUGAACAGUUACAAUUUCAGUUUAUAUUAAACUGCCAAGGUCCCUUAAAAUCCAGAGUUAGAAGUACAGGUGCCUUUACCUCCAAGUGCUCCGAUUCUCAGGUGCUCGCGUUUAACAUGCAGUGCAGCAAACCUGGCGCUGAUGGGAGCAGAUUCAAUGGACUAACAUAAACGGUCAAUCAUUUCUGUGCUGAUGCUUUCUCCCACAUUGGUGAUAAAUACUGAUAGCAUCAGCCCUUGCCUGGUUCAGAAGGGCUGUCCUAGCUGCAUAGGAAGAAAGACAAAAUGUUUGGAAGAGGUUUAACUGAGCUGCUACUUCGUUAACUCCCCUUUCCUUGACCAUCCAUGGUCAUUUUGGAGAAGACUGCCACUAGCUCUUCACAGGUUAUUCCUCUAGCUCUUCAAUUUAGUAGGACACAUUUAUAUGGACCUCACAGCCCAGCCCUGCUCCUGUAUGAGCGUUAUCACUUUUCAACCUGCGGCCGAGCCGACUCUGUCAGUCACCCUGUGAUCCGGCAGCUGACUCCCGCUGCCGGCUGGCCGGAGCCGUGGCUGUCCUGGGCAGCCCAGCACCCCUGCAAAGGGCUCUUGUAGCCCUUUUACGCCAAACAGCUGCUGUAGGAAAGCUAGUCAGCUCGGUGUGAAUACGUCUCCAUUUGUCAAGAUAAAUGUCUAUUGAACAAAAGCCUGUAUGUAUAAACACAUACUUAUAUAUAUUAAAAAAAAAAAGUAUUUAAUGUCUGUCAAACAGAAACCUAAAAUAAGAGCAGGUGAUUUUGCUUGGGAGUUUUAUGAUGACAUCUUUUUGUACUAAUGUUAAUUUUCAAAAAACUCCCUGUGUCUAAUAUUGAAAGACAGCCUACGGCGUGCUAUCCAGACGACCCCCUCCUCCAGCCUCACUGAAGUGAAUAAUAUUACGUGCAUAACCUCUCCCUCUUCCCACCACCCCCAAUCUCUGACAGCAAUGAUUCUUUUUGUUAUUGAUUUGGUUUUUUUCUCUCCCCCCCUCCCCUUUUUUUUGGUUAAGCUCUAGUACACAUCCGUGGUGUUGGGCAGGAAGUCAGAUUUCCCCUGGUGAAUUACUGGGGGGUGGGGGGGAAAUGUAGGUUUUGUUCUCUGGUUAUGGCUCCAUGUCAAGGGAUUCGUAUGAGCUCAUAUGAAUGCACAUCGUGAGUUAGUUCAAUUCCCACCCGGUACUGGUUUUUAAAAAAGCCACUGUUUGCUGGCAUGUCACAAGAAAGGGUCAAAAUCCCCUUCUCAUUUACAAUGUAAAGCAAAGCCAGGGAGCUGGGGAUCUGCUACGAGGAACGCAGCUCUGUGCGGUGGUUUGCACUUCAAAACCUUAUCUAUAUUUUUGCUUUUCUUACUGACCGCUCUCAGAGAUGCCGCUGAGUACUGUGGGGCAGAAUUUGAAGUAUGGUGUAGUAUGAGAUCACCCGGUCAAAAUUCCCACUUACUAACAUUACUUGUGGCAGGACUCGUUUCAUUUCCUGUUGCCUGACACUGGUGACAGAAGAGUGCGCACUGCAGUGACGCCUGGUAAACAUCUUACUGCAAACUCCAGUAACAUUUAUACUUGUGUAAACCUUUAAUAAUUUGAUUGGCUUCUGCAACUUUACUCCAGGUAUUCUGUAGGAUAACUAAGAUGGGGAUUUGGCCAGCUAUCACAUAAAAAUAGUCUCUUCCUUCCUUUUAUAUGUUCUGGAGUGAAAAGAUGCACCUUAAAUUGCUGCUGUUGCAAUCCUCAUGCCACAAAGGCAUGCCUAUCUGAGCAGACCUGGUUGUUAAGACAUUGCAUUUAAAUAGAUGCAUGUCUUGGUUGCUGGUUACAGUUUAAUGGGGAUUAGGUGUCUUAGCCUUUGCUGUGGUCCUUAACGCAAAACCACUUAAAAGGCAAGAAAAGUAGCCAAACAGAUAUUUUAGCAUGAUAUUUCAGCUCAUUUAUCCUGUAACUUAUUACCUGCACUGAGGACAAAACUUAUUUUUACUGGAGGGAAGAGAUCACAUUAUUUUUCAUUUACGUAUUAUUAAUGCACAGCCUAACAGAAAAGGAUGAUGUUGCAUGGCUUUUUCACAGUCAUGUGCAUGUCUAGACCAGCCUACAUUUGCCUAAAAGAAAAAAGUCGUCAUUUCCAGGGCCUUUUUUUAAAAAAGGGAAGUUUAGGUGGUAGUGAUAGAGCAAUGAAUGAUGACCCCUGGCAGAGCUCUUCUCUUUGAAGGCUGGCGCCAGGUCAGGCGCUUGGAGGCAGGAAAGCCUCUGGUGCUUGCUGGCGCUCCUGUGCAUUUGAGUCAUAUCAGUAGUGUGCCCCAUUAAAGUUCAAAAUGCAUUACUCAGACCAGACAUGUAGCUCAGGCCCUGUCAGGCCCAGCCAAACCUGAGUCUACAUUAAUGUCAAAUUUAACAUAUUCAUCACCAGAAUUUUCUUCCUCUCACUUUUUUGGGGGGCACUCAGCAGGAAAGACCUAUUAAGGCAGAAUUUCAUAUCAUUGGGGUUUCAUUAUUUAAUUAAUUGACCUUUAGUUUAGACAGUUUGCUGUUACAUCAGACCGUUAAGCUUUGAUCAUCUCCCUUGAACUGGGGCUAUAUCAGAUUUCUACUCUGUGCUUUGCUGUGCCAUCAAUCCUCCUCGGAGUGGCAAGAUUUUUUCUGAGGAUUUGGGUUUUUCAUGUGUCUGCACAUUGUAAGUUGACUGCAGCCUCAACGUCAUCUACAAUGUUGAGUUACAUCACUGUCACGCAUCUGUUCUCUG